GGUUCGUUUCGGACUUUAGUUCAGCUAAGCAAGAGGAUGUGUUCAGAAGUUUGUUUUCGUGUUUCGUGCCAAUUUUCAAGCAUCAACUGUUUACUGUAUAAAAUAAAUGUUCUUACUGAGCCCCCAUCCGAUCCGCAAUGGUCAGUCCGAACUACAAAAAAACCGGAACCCUUGCGGGGGAUCCAAACGGAGUAGCCUAUCAGAAGCACAUGCUGCUGUUACUGUAUGAAAGGGCAGCCAACGAUGCCCACUUUUCCAAUUUACGCCUCGCUACGGAGAUGAAGGAUGCGGGGAAAUUCGACGACGCCGUACUAUCCUGGAACUGUGAUGCUGCUAGAAGAAGAAGUAAACAACAAAAUUGGCUUUUCGUCCAAGUAAAACAUAAAUCUUCCAAAAAACUCAACCAAAGCGAUUUGUUUCCAACGCUGAACCCCGAUAGGGCAAAAAUGGAAUUUUCGAUUUUCAAAUAUCUAUUGUCAUUUUGGGAAAUCAAACACAGCAACGCAUUCGAGGGAAGCAAACAGUUCGUCAUAUUCACCAAUGCUGGUUUGAAUGAACAGAUUCGGCAUUGGUUCGUCAGUGCCGAUGCUGAUUGCGGAGACAUCCUCAAAUUACCGACGCCGAAACGGGAGUUGCUGAAACUCAAACCACCCGACGAUAUUCUCGAACAAUUGUACCACUAUGGUUCAGAGGAGUUCAACGAUUUGAUCGAAUCAAUCAAAGCCCUGUUUUUCGAGCAGGCCUCUUCUUUCGACGAGACUUUAUUCAGAAAAUAUAGAGCCGCAAUAAACUGCAAAAUUUUGAUGGUUCGAAAGAACUCGAUAGUGUUUUCGCCAGGAUUUAUAAAGAUGAAAAAUUUGGAUUACUCGGAGCGUCUUCUCAGACGGCGACUUUUUCCGGAAAAUUACACAGUGGAACGAAUUGCCGCACUGAGCGUCCGAAAUGAGUUACUGAAGCAGAUACUGUCCGUCAAGGAUAAAUCCAGUGCCAGGUUACCUCCGGCCAUUGAAAUGGCCGAAGUGGGAGAAUUUCUUCGUCUACUGAUAUUUGCCGUAAAUCAACCGAGUAAUGGGGAAUUCGAAAAAAUAAUCAAAAAAGAACUGAGCCAGGUUUGUCCGGUUGAACCCCGGGAACUUUACGGCGAGAUGGCAUACAACGCCAUGCAGGAUAUAAUUGACAGGUGGUUACAGUGUAAAGAUGGGUUUUAUUUAGAAGGCUCAACAUUAAAUAAUAGAUUGAGGAAGAGUGAUUGCGCAAGCACCAGCGCUGGUCGAAGGUUGGCCAGUAGCAGCCAAUCAUUGUUUGAUACUGGUGAAAAAGAGGUUGCCGAUACAAAUCGUGCAAAACCUGCGGGAGUAGCAGCAGCAAUUGCGGAAAACCUUCAGCUUUGCCAACGAGCUGCUCCCGAAAUUGGUUCGGGAACGAUCAAAAUCGUACUUCCAACAUCGAACCAAUUUACUGCGUUUGAACAUCCCUUACCUGUGCUACCGUACACGGCCGGGAUGCUCAUUGAACGGCAGAAGUGAAUGCUAUGAUUUUGAGAGGUUGGCCCAGAUUAGAUGGGUAGAAAUUUUGGAGAGAUCUGAAGAAUGGCGGGCAAGUUGCAAAAUACUCUAAAUUUGGCCAUCGAGCCGGCGAUUCUUUGAAUCUCACCAACAUUUCUAGCCAUCCAAUCUGGGCUAACCUCUCAAACUCUUCAGUGUUGCAAAACUUCUUUGACUUUUUUCUAACCGAAAAACAAUACAACAAUGUACAACCGUUGUACAUAACCUAUAAGAAACCUUUCCAAAAUAUUAAAAAAGUAUCAGGAAAGGAUCUUCAUGAGAACAGAACAAGGUUAUCAUGUUUUACAAUACAUCUAGGCAGAAGAAAAAUACUAUCAAUGUUGAAGAAUUAUACGAAGUCAAUGUCACAGUGUACACUGCGUCCGCCACAAGCUGGGAGAAGUUUCGGCAUACUACCUACCAAAACGUAGUUAUUAUUCCGAGUGAAUUUUCCAUAAUUGGCGGACCUGAAGUACAGCAACACUAAAGGGUUCAACCCUUAGAGCCUCGGUGUGCUUCGGGGUAUUAGUUUCCAUGUUCCGUUUUUUUAUGAAACGAACUAUUCAUAAAAAAACUGAACAUGUCGAUCGGUACCCUGCAGCACACAAAGGUUGCAAAGGUUAUGGAACGUUCAGUUAUGAUGAGAGAAAACCAAACUUUUUGCAUCGUUAUUUAUACGAUGCAACAAGUUUGUUUAUUUUUUCAUCAAGGCUGGACGUACCCUUCAGGUGGUUUACAGAUUCGAUGCUGGCCCAGUUUAUCAUCGUAACACAUGUAUGAGACACUUUUCAGAAACAUUGGAACGCCCAAUGCUUCUGAAAUGCGGCUCAAUACAUGUCUUACGCUGAUAAAUCUGUAUGCCCUGUCGAACCAUGUAAACCAUAUAGUUUUAAAUAGACUAAAUGACUCAGUUAAUUACUGUAAUUUUAUUAUGAUUUCUUCUAGAUUUUUCAAAACCUUAAUUGUUCGAUAAUAUUAUUAAGCAAUUACACGCCAAAACAGCCGAUUUUUACGCGACCAUCUCCGAUUAUUUUUAAACCUUGCGAAUAUGGUGGCAACUAUCCAAAAUCACAAUUUUAAUUAACAUAUGAGUAGUUCUAAUUAUAACUGAUCGUAACCCGAAAUCCAAAUGUCUCAUUAAAACAGUUGUAAUUAGAAUUGGUAAUAUGAUAAUGUAAAUAGUGAUUUAGAGUAGCUGCCACCAUAUGUACAAAAUUUCAGAAAAAAUCGGAGACUGACCGGCUGUUUUGGUGUGAAAAUGCUCUAUUAUAAACUAUAAUAACCAAUAAUAAUAUAAAAGAAUAAUUAGGAAAAUUGUAUCUGAUUCGAAAAAUGUGGAUGAGGAAAUUCAUAAACUUCAUUUGCAUAUUAUAUGAGCGACAAUAAAUCUGGAAAAGUUAGAAAUUAUUCUGAAUAAAAUAUGGUGUGUAGGGUAGUUAGGAAUGGUAACCAAUAGAAUAACGAAAACCUAUCUAGCAGAAUAGGAUUAAUAGAAUAUCAUUAGUCAUAAGAAUCAUAAUGUAAAAGGGUCACACACGAUGUACUCGAUUAUUGAAAAUAAAACUAUUAGAUGUUCAGCAUCGAA